AUGGUCACGUCCACAUUCAACUCGUUAUUUGGGUCGCAGAAGCAUGUCGUCUUAGAUGGAGGCCUGGGUACGACACUCGAGGAUGUCUUCCACAAGGAUAUCUCGACACCUCUAUGGUCCGCCCGGCAUAUCGACAAAGAGCCUGAGGUCCUUGUCGAAGCUCAUCUCGCCUUCCUUCGAGCGGGCGCAAGGAUUAUCUUGACCUCUACGUAUCAGUGCACCUAUGAAACGUUCGCGGCUGCAGGUUACUCCCGUGCAGAAGGUGAACGUCUGACGCGUAAAGCUGUCCAUCUCGCUUCGGAGGCCCGUAAAAGGUUCGUGGAAGAGAGCGAUGGUGCCGUUAAGAUCGGGGAUGUGAAGGUCGCACUGUCCAUGGGACCAUACGGUGUGACCUGCUCUCCAGGUCAAGAAUACGGCGGCUUCUACCCACCUCCUUUCGGGCCCCAAGCUUACUCUGCGUCUGGUCCCAACACCAACGCAUUCGCCGCAGCCGACCAGACGAAGAGGAGUAUGUCCAUCGAUGCACUGACGGACUUCCACCUUCAACGACUGCGCAUCCACUCUAACGACCUCGAUAGCUGGAAAGAAAUCGAUCUGGUGGCUUUUGAGACGAUCCCGCUUGCGAGAGAGAUUAAAGCUAUUCGGGGUGCUAUGCGAUUACUUCAGAUCGAGCUCGAGCCAAGGCCGGCGGGGUUCGAGUGGAAGCCAUGGUGGAUCAGCACAGUUUGGCCUGACGGGAGGUUUCCCCAUGAGAGCGGUCCGGGUAAGAGGAGGCUGAGCGUCAAGGAAGUCGUCUUCACGCUGCUUCACGAGGAGCCAAAGAUGGCGAGCCAGUCUAUCGACCACUACGAAGUGCAACCAGACGGUAUUGGCAUCAACUGCACCAGCAUGGCCCAUUUGCAGGACGUGUUGACUGGGAUGGAAGAGGUGGUGGGCGACCUUUGGCGAAAGAAGCAGGGACCGUGGCUGGUACUCUACCCCAAUGGUGGAGAGGAAUACGACCCGGUCUCGAGGACUUGGAGCGGCAAGAAAGAAGGCACUGAAGGUGGCACUGGAUGGGCAGAGAAUCUAGCGGCGUUGGCGAGUGCUGCGAUGUCCAAGAGACUGUGGGGAGGUGUCGUUGUCGGAGGUUGCUGCAAGACGGGGCCGGAUGAGAUUCGGUCUCUGGCAGCAUGCCUUUCCUCGUAG